AUGGCCGACGUGGCUAAGACAUAUGAGAGCGGAGAUGGGUCUGUCACUACAAAUGACAGGGGUGCUGUGGAGGGCGAUGAUGGAUGGCAGCCAGCCUUGCGAGCGGUCUGGCCGUCGUCCUACGCCGCCGUCGUCCACGCAUCGACCAAGAACCACACGCAGAAACGGAGUUCAAACGUCGCUCCAGAUGCCGCCGUCAAAGACGACGACUACUGGUCUGGCCUGCCAGACGACCUCCUGUUCACCAUCAUGGCGUCGCUGGACGUCCCCAGCCUCCGGCGUGCCGGCGCCGUGUGCACAUCCUGGCGCGCCGCCCACGACGCCUUCCGCCUCCCCGCGCUGGAGCGAGCGCCGUGCCUGCUCUACGCAUGCGAGGAGUACGGACCCAACGAGGCCGCCCUCUACUGCCCAUCCACCCGCGCCACCUUCCGGGUCCCAUUCCCCGGGCCGCCGCACGAGAAGAGGGGCUUCACCUUCGCGUGCCACGGCGGCUGGGUGUUCACCGCUGAUGAGGUCGGCGACCCCUACCUGCUCAACCCCGUCACCGGCGCCCGGGCCAUGCUCCCUCCGGUCAAAACAAUCUAUCACAACGACGAAUUCUACGACGACGAUGGCAGGUGUGUCUGGCCUGCUGAACCCGAGUACGGAAUCAUGAAACCCACCAUUAGCUGGGCGCGACACUCAGAGUAUCUUCGGGUCGCCAUCUCCGCCGCCGCCGACGUGACGGAAUGCACCGUCGUGAUCUUGCACAUGCCGGAGUGGAGGCUCUCCUUUGCCAGGCCGGGAGACGACCGUUGGACACUGGUCUCCAAGCAAACAAGCUUCUUGAGCGAUAUUUUUUACAAUGACAAGAAUGGCUUGUUCUACAUUCUUGGCUUGGACGAUUGCUCUGUUAGUACUUUAGAUCUAAGUGGGCCCUCACCGUCUGUGAACAAGAGCAUGCGCGGUGUGGCACAAGAUUCAUGCGAUUUUCUUACCAAGUAUCUCACUCUUGGGCCAUCCGGCGAACCCUUGGAGGUCUGGAGGAACUGGAGUCACACAAAUACCCCACUCAAAGAUCGCCAGACUUAUCAUGACAUUGUGAACAAACUGUUUCAAGAUUGCGUAGAUCUCGCCAACGAAGAUGGCAACAACAAUAAGCCAAGUGAUUAUCUAGGGAUAGAUGACCACCAAGAACUCGAACCAUAUGAAGCCAAUGAAAAUGACCAAGAGAUUGAUGCGUCGGAACUGCUUCGCGAGGGCAUUGACUUGCCACAUCGACUUGUCGACGAGGUCAUCACGGAGGACAUCCUAGUCUUCAAGGUUGACGUCGAUAGACAGAAGCUGGUGGAGCUAAGGGACAUUGGGGACCACACGCUCUUCGUGGGGCUUAACUCUGUUGUUUGCCUUCCGACCAAGGACUUUCCAGCUUUCGAGCCAAAUUGCGCCUACCUCACGGACGACUGUUUCGACUACAGCCCAAUGUUACGGAAGGACAUUGGCAUCUGGAACAUCAAGAAUAGGAGUAUGCAAAAACUUAGCGAUGCUUGGCCAAACAUGUAUCCUUGGCUACAUUUACCGGCUCCAGUUUGGAUCACGCCAAGGUUUUAG